AUGCAGAACAAUGGAGAUCCACUAGUUGCUGGUCGAGAAGAGGAUAAUGAACUCAGUGACAGUGAUCACCUUGAAACACGUGAACUCGAUGAUUCCGAUGAAGGAGAAAUUAUCUUGGAUGUUGAACAGAAUUCACAAAAUCUUCAGAUGAAUCUAUUCAAAUGCAACUUAUGCAAUAAAUACUUAGCUACAGCACAUGGCUUGGAAGUACAUGUCAGAAGAUCACACAACAGUGGAAAACGUCCAUUUGAGUGUCAACUAUGUCAGAAAACAUUUGGUCAUAUUACAAGUUUGUAUCAACAUGAAAGUGUUCAUUGUCAAGAUAGACAAUUUCAGUGUCCACAAUGCGGGAAAACAUUUAAACGUUCAUCUACUCUGAGUACACAUUUGUUAAUACAUAGUGAUACACGCCCUUACCCAUGUCAAUAUUGCGGUAAACGCUUCCAUCAAAAAUCUGAUAUGAAAAAACACACCUAUACACAUACGGGUGAAAAACCUUAUAUCUGUUUGCAGUGUGGUAAAGCAUUUAGUCAAUCAUCAAAUCUAAUUACACAUUCACGGAAACACACUGGCUUCAAGCCAUUCUCUUGUUUUCAUUGUCUGCGUGCAUUUCAACGUAAAGUUGACUUAAGACGCCAUGUUGAAACACAACAUGGUGUGACAAAUUUAUUCGGAAAGGAUUUUUCGGUGGAACAAAUAGAAGAAACAUCAUUACCAAACUACAGCAAUAACAAUAAUGAUAAUAAUAGUCAUAAUAAUCUCAAAAAACGGAGAUUACAUCAACAGAAAAAAAUGACUUUCACACACUCUUCUAUAUCUGACCCUUCAAUAACCUCUUCUUUAUCUAAAAUUCCUUCAAGUCAACAAAAUCAACCACAUUCCACUGAAAUACCAGGCAAUUUAAACGUUUCCAGUGGUUCAGGUGGUUUAAAUUUAUCCAGUCUUACUACAACUAAUCAUACUAGUAUGAGUGGAGGUAAUAAUGAUAAUGCUGUUAACCAUUACCCAAAUGAAUGUGAUACAUCGAAUCAUAUAAAUUAUCCUUUAUUAAAUCCAAGCAGUUUACAAACUAGCAAUGAUGAAAAAGUACUACCGUAUUCAGUAGAAAAUUUGCUCAGUUCAACUUCAUCGUCUUGUUAA